ACAUCUCUCAAUCAUACAAUUUUCAGAGCCUUCUAGAGAGUUUUUGAGAGACAUGUCUCAAGAGCUUGGAGUUAUAAUAUACUAGACUCUUUAGUGUUGAUCCCAAGAAGCUAGAUGUGUGAAGAUUCUUGGAAGGAGAUUCAAGCCAAUGUUCUGCGAUUGCACAACUGAAGCAAUAAUUGAAGUCUACCGAUAGUGAUUGGUAAAGAGUUUGCUCAUUGAAGAACAACCAAUUGCAGAGCUGGAGUAGAGACUCGUGAGGAACACGUCGUCCUACAAAGUGAUAUAGUAAAAUUCCUAGAGAAACCUUCGAAGUUCGAUUAUCCGCCUCGUGUCUUCUCUUGGGGUCUUGAAUGCUCCAAAUUCAAAGCUGAAUGCCGUUAUAUCCGCGCGCGCACUCUUCUUGAAGGAUACGAAGAAACCCAGAGGAGAACAAGUUCAAUACGGAGGUGAUUAAGAAUUGGUGAAGAAGAGGAUUUUUUUACAAGAAAAAAAAAGCUUGAGUUAUGGUUUUGUAGCCCCAUGCAUUGGAGGACAUGAAAGGAGAUGCUUAGCAGGUUAAAUAGGCGUUGCUUUUGCACUGUUACUUCACGACCAUGGCUCUUUGUAGGCUUGGGCAACCCUGGGGAUAAGUACAAAGGAACCAGACAUAAUGUGGGGUUUGAGUUGAUUGAUGCAUUUGCUGAAUCACAAGGGAUUUCAAUUAACACAGUUCGCUGCAAAGCUAUCUUUGGGGAAGGUUUUGUUGGUGAGGUCCCUGUUUUCCUUGCAAAGCCUCAAACUUAUAUGAAUCUUAGUGGUGAAUCUAUUGGACCACUUGCAGCUUACUAUAAGCUACCUCUUAAUCGUGUGAUUGUGUUUCACGAUGACAUGGACUUGCCUUGUGGGGUCCUUCGUCUUCACCCUAAAGGAGGUCAUAGAAGCCACAACGGGCUAAAGAGUCUGAUCUCUCAUUUUAGAGGCAACAGAGAAUUUCCUCGGCUAAGAAUUGGUAUUGGUAGGCCGCCUGGACAAAUGGAUCCCAAAGCAUUCUUGCUCCAAAAGUUCAAUACAACGGCUCAAGAACGAAUUGAUGCUGGUUUGCAAGAUGGGGUGGUCGUGUUGAAGCUCCUUUUAUCUAAAGGAUUGACCGAGAGUGCAAGAUGCUUUAACAGUGAGCAAAAGUACAAGCAUAUAAGAUUGCAGACUGUGCCGACAUGACAAGCUCAAGCUGAGGUUUUAGUUUUUUGAUAUUUUAGAUUGCUGCAGAAGCAGGAUCUUCUGUGUUGUUUUUCUUUAGGGUAAGAAGCCCUAGGAAGUGUGCUAUCCGUAAGUAUGAAGUAUGUCGUCGAUCUUUUUCCUCUCAGAAAUAUCCUUUUGUAAUAUUUUAGAAAUCGUUAAAUUCUUUUUCUCGUUUCACAAGUC